ACGGCUCCUAAAGUAAAUGGAACAACUACCAUACACUGAAGAUGACACCACCACCACCACCACCACCACCACCACUAGCACCACAAGCACCGCCUCUCCUCAAAGCCAACGCAGCGGCACACGACACCCCGUGUACCGCGGAGUCCGAAAGCGAAGGUGGGGCAAAUGGGUGUCCGAAAUCAGAGAGCCCCGCAAAAAAUCGCGCAUUUGGCUCGGCUCUUUCCCAAUCCCAGAAAUGGCAGCCAAGGCAUACGACGUCGCAGCCUACUGCUUAAAGGGUCGAAAGGCGCAGCUCAAUUUCCCCGACGAGGUCGAGCACUUGCCGAGGCCGUCCACGUGUACGGCCAGAGAUAUUCAGGCAGCAGCAGCCAAAGCAGCGCACAUGAUCGCUUCGGAGAUAACUAGGAAGAAGAACAUUAAGAAUAAGAAGAGCCACGUUGUUAAUUCGGAUGCCGAUGAUUUCUGGGCCGAGAUUGAAUUGCCAGAGCUCAUGAUUUCUUCUGGGUCAUGUGGGUGGUCUUUUAACAGUGACGGUGCCACGUGGCCUGAUGGAGACGUUGCACAAUCAUUCAUGGCAUGCCUCUGAAUCUUGUUGACGCUAAUGUACUGUUGGUAGGGCUCGUAUAUUUAUGUGUGUUUUUUAUCUUUUUCUUUUUUUAUGAAUAGUGUUUUUCAUCGAAA